AUGAUGCACCCCGUGGCCAGCAGCACCACGGCCUUCUGCGGGACCGGCAAGAGCUCCUGCCUCAACGAGGACGGCGUGAGGGCCGCCGACCAGUUCGACCUGUACGCCACGCAGCAGAGCAAGUACGGCCACCCCGUGGGCCACAAGCCCAUCGCCUGCCCGCGGCAGGACGCCCUGGGCGAGCCCCACCUGCAGCCCCCUGGCGGCAGGAGCCUAGAGACAAAAGAGGAACUGAAGAAGAAGAAGAACCUCAACCGCUCCGGGAAGCGCGGGAGGCCCUCGGGGACCACGAAAUCGGCGGGGUACCGCACCAGCACGGGCCGGCCCCUGGGCACCACCAAAGCUGCUGGCUUUAAGACAAGUCCAGGCAGACCCCUGGGUACCACUAAAGCUGCAGGAUACAAAGUCAGCCCAGGCAGACCUCCAGGAAAAAAGCAGCAAGCCUUCAGGUGUUCCAGUGAUGCCUAA